AAGUUGUAAUUCGCUGUUUUCUUUUCUAAGCAGGCCCAUUUCUCUAAUUCAGACUCUUGGCAUCCACACACCGGCUACCCGUGGAAAGCGGCCUGGCACCGCCCACCUGGGGCGGGUACGAAUCUCAGACCUCUGUGGGUUGAUGGACGGGGGUGCCCUGCGUGAAGCCUCGCGGCUGUCACGGCUGGACACUGGCGAUUGGUUCGAGGGGAACGGCGCGGAGCCAAUGGGAGCGGCGGCUCGGGAGAGUCCGUGGAGCGCGCGGGAAAGAGACCCAUAUAAACUGUGGCGGGAUUUUAGUUUCCAAGUCCUUGUCCAGCGAAUCACUCUCGGCUGGGAAGUCAGUUCGUUACUCACGUCUCCUCCCGUUGGAACAUGGUGCGGACUAAAGCGGACAGUGUCCCAGGCACCUACAGAAAAGUGGUGGCUUCUCGAGCUCCCAGAAAGGUUCUCGGUUCCUCCACCUCUGCCACUAAUUCUGCGUCACUAUCAUCGAGGAAAGCUGAAAAUAAGUAUGCAGGAGGGAAUCCAGUUUGUGUGCGCCCAACUCCCAAGUGGCAAAAAGGAAUUGGAGAAUUCUUUAGGCUGUCCACUAAAGAUUCUGGAAAAGAGAAUCGGAUUCCCGAAGAGGCAGGAAGCAGUGGUUUAGGAAAAGCAAAGAGAAAAACAUGUCCUUUGGAACCUGAUCGCACAGAUGACGAAAAAGAAUAGAACUUUCUCAUUCAUCUUUGAAUAACAUCUCCUGUUUACUCUGGCAUUGUAAAAUGUAAACUUGCAUAAAUGUGUUUGUUCCAAUUAGUUUUGUUGAAGGGGCAUUUAAUUUAAAAAAUGAGGCUUAAAUUUAGCUGUUCAAAAGUAGUAAUGAAAUUUGAGAAUUUGUAAGAUUAUUGUUACUUAGCUUAGUAUUCAAUAUAAUGCAGUAUUUGAUUUCUUUUUACCAAAUUAAGCUUCUUUUUCUUGCUAAAAUCAUUUCAUUGUGUUCUCAUUACAAAUUUGCUGUAUUUAAGAUUUGCUUAGAUCUUUUUACUGUUGCCAAUUUUAUUGGCAUUUGAUUAUUGGAAUGGUGCCAUACUUUUAUUCCUUUUAUUUGCUUUAAAAAGCAGAAUUAGAUUUUUGCACAUUAAAAAAAUUCAGUAUUAAUUAAA